UUAUUCUACUUUAGGAAGAAGAAAGAAAAAUAAUCAACGCAAAAUAGAAUUGAGAAAAUAGUUCCAGGUGUCAGCUAUCCAUCACUAGCCUUUUAUUGUGUGUCAGGAAAGCUUUCAGUGUUCAGAAGCAAUAUAUGAGGGAAGUGAGAAAGCAAAAGACAUCACCCUUCGCACCAUUCACCCUCAAUCUCUCUCUAAAGGUUGAAGCUUUGUCCUUUUUAAUCCCAACCCAUUUCCCUCAGGGAAAGUUACUAACGUUUCUCGCCGGAAAGUCGCCGACUUGGGUCGCUGGAGAGUUGACUCCAUGGACGUUGACUCGUGGGCCUCCAGAGUUCAUGCUGCUAAGAGCCUCUCUGCUGUUCAUGCUGCUCGGAUGCACUAUGAAAAUCAUUUUGUGUUGGACGAUUCUGAAGGAGAUGAUGAUUCAAAAUCUUGUUUUCCAUGCCCUUUCUGUUAUGUGGACAUUGAGGUCUCGAUGCUCUGCAAUCACUUGGAGGAAGAGCACUGCUUUGACUUCAAAAAUGCUGUCUGUCCUUUGUGCGCGGCAAAUCUAGGGAAAGAUGUCAUUGGACAUUUUAUGGUGCAGCACGCAAGCUCCUUCAAGCACAGGAGAAGAUCUAAAAAAUCUGGUCAAUGGACUGGUAGUUCAGCAAUGAAAGCACUGCUGAAGAAUGGAAGAGGAUAUGCACCUGAAUCUGCACCUGAUCCUCUCCUCUCACCUUUCAUCUGCAAUGUAUCAUUUUCAGACCCUAAUGGUAUUCAACAAGCUGUUUGUUCAGACAUCAAUGUCGCUAUCAUUUCUGAUACGAGAAGUGCUGAGCCAUCUCUGCCAGAGGAAGGGUGUGAAAAGGAUAAUGAAGAGAGAAGGCAAAGGGCAACAUUUGUGCAGCAAUUGAUUGCAUCAACCAUAUUCUCAGAUCUAUGAAUUGUUCCGAGCUAGACCUAAACUGGAAGAUGCAGGAUAUUGAUCAUCUCAUCAGUCACCUAGGAUAAUGCUGUAUCAGUGUCAUUAGGCAAUGAAUCUACCAAGUGGAGCGAGGUUUAGGAAGUCAGUCUAUAUUGGGGUAUUUACAGAGAGUUGUUGCAUAGUUAGACAGUCCUUGUCUGCAAUGAGACUAUACAAGUUUGUAUACCAUAUGUCCUCUAUGGCUAUUUAUAUAUG